GGGAGACGGGUGAGGUGGGCGCAGCGGCUUGCAGCGACUUGCACCGGCUCGACCCCCGGCUCGGAGCAGCGGCCGCCCGGCUUCUGCUGUCCGCGGGCUAAGGAGCGUCGCUUCCUCUCGGUCCCUGCACCGACCCCGAGUUCCGUCUGCGGCGGGGGGCGGCGGCCCCUCCCCUCCCCUCUGAGGACCGAAGAUGAGCUUCCUCUUCAGCAGCCGCUCUUCUAAAACAUUCAAACCAAAGAAGAAUAUCCCAGAAGGGUCUCAUCAGUAUGAACUCUUAAAACAUGCAGAAGCAACCCUAGGAAGUGGGAAUCUGAGACAAGCUGUUAUGUUGCCAGAGGGAGAGGACCUCAAUGAAUGGAUUGCUGUUAACACUGUGGAUUUCUUCAACCAGAUCAACAUGUUAUAUGGAACGAUUACAGAAUUCUGCACUGAAGCAAGCUGUUCAGUCAUGUCUGCAGGUCCACGAUAUGAAUAUCAUUGGGCAGAUGGUACUAAUAUUAAAAAGCCAAUCAAAUGUUCUGCACCAAAAUACAUUGACUAUCUGAUGACUUGGGUUCAGGAUCAGCUUGACGAUGAAACUCUUUUUCCUUCUAAAAUUGGUGUCCCGUUUCCCAAAAACUUCAUGUCUGUGGCAAAGACUAUCCUAAAGCGUUUGUUCAGGGUUUACGCCCAUAUUUAUCAUCAGCACUUUGAUUCUGUGAUGCAGCUGCAAGAGGAGGCCCACCUCAACACCUCUUUUAAGCACUUUAUUUUCUUUGUUCAGGAGUUUAAUCUGAUUGAUAGACGUGAGUUGGCACCUCUUCAGGAGUUAAUUGAGAAGCUUGGAUCAAAAGACAGAUAAAUGUUUCUUCUAGAACACAGCUACCUUCUCACUUCAUCUACUGCUAGACCUGUCUCAUUGCGAUCUCUAAUAGAGUAGUAACACAAACUUUAAGAAAACAGAAUAAAAAGACACCCGUUGUCAAUGUCUACUGAUAAAAUUGUCCCAAAGGUAGGUUGGCCUGGUAGCUUCAGAGGGAGACCCUAAGGGCACAGCCAACUCUGAUGUGCUCUAUGACCACUCCUGUUACUGUCACAGUGUCACACUUGGUUGUGCUUUGUAAUGACUAACCUGUAGUUUAUUAGUUAAUUCUUUUACUGAAGAAAAUGAUUCGUUCUUUUUCAGGUGGCAGCAUAAUGAAUAUUAAGAAUUUCUACCAGUAAUUUAUUAACAAGUUCCCAGAACAAAUUUCCUAACAACACAGUCAGAUCAGUUUUAUUCCGCUUCUGUUUUACAAAUAGAAAAAAAAUUUUUUUUUUACGUUUCCUUAACAUUUAGAACAUUUGUGUCACUUUGGAUAACUUUUUAGUUUCAGAUUUGUAUGCCAGUGUUUUUAUAGGUAAGAGUAUAUAUGUGUGUAUUUUCACAAAAUCUGUGAUUGCAAGUUCAGUUGGUGUGGGAGAAGCCAAAGUUAUUUCUGAAAGGACUUUAUUUUUUAGUCUUUAGUCAUAAACCUAUCUAAAAUUGCUAGGAGUUCGUGUGUGUCGUAAAUAAUUUUGUUUAAGGCUUCUAAGGAUGACGUUAUAGAUUUUUAUUUUGAAAUGACUUAUUAAAAUUAAUGUCUAGCUUUUGGUUAAGAGAAGGAAAACUUCCAAAAAAUUAUGGUAAACUUAGGACUCACAGCCACUAGAUUCAUUGAUGUUGUUUUUCAAAAGCCUUCCAAUUCCAGGUCAGUGAAUGGAAGAAAGUACUAAGAGUACCUGAGUUAUUUCGUUUUGACUUUCCUUUUUUUAGUCUAUAUGUUCUUAUUGUGACUUGAGAGUUAGUUAAGAGUAGUGAAGAAAUGCAUGAACUUUGUCCCAAUAAGGACAGCUUAGGGAAAACCACAAUCAAAACCAUGAAGGUGUACACAUUUUAUAACACAGCAAAAGGUUUUGUGUAUUAUCUUUGUGUGUGUGUUUAAAGGAGACGAAGUGGGAAAAAUAAGUUAAAAAAAAAGUUAAUUCCGUUCAUAUUAAAAGGAUGGAUUGAACCCCCAUAGGGGUUGUAUCCUGUUUUAAUUUUUUUUGUAGCAAAACUUGAGUUUAAUUUCUAUUGGGAUAAAAAGAAUAUUCCCCCCUUAAUGACGAAAAUGCCUUUUUUUUUUUAAUCAUCUGGGUCCUAGGAUUUUGUAAGCCCUAGCUGGUUGUUUAAAAUGUGUUGAGGAACAAGUACUGUAUUUCUACACAAAUAAUGCUGCCUGCCUUCUGUGUUUGCCAGCCACCCCCUCCCCUCCUGAGGUAUUUUCUUAGGCACGCUGUGCUAUUUUUUUAUUUUAAACAGCAUCAUGUGAAGGAGGAUUGGAAUAGCAGCCUUGUGAGGAUUUCUUUGGGGUCAGGGGUAACUGGCUAACAGACAUAGAAGGCACGCAUUAUUUAUAUAAAAAUACGGUAUGUUGGAAGACUUGCCAGGUUGGCACAUCUUUAAAUUGAUAGCGUUCAGCGCUGUGGAGCUGUGAUUUUUGCAGAAUACCCACCAACCUCCUGAUGGCCUUGAUAAAAGUUAAAUUUGAUAGUAAUUUUUUUUGGGGGGGGGGCUAUUUAUUUUUACUGUUUCACUGGACUGUGAAGAAAAGAAUUGUUUAUAACCCCCAUCUUUAGUAACUCCAUUGCAAUAAGUUCUUAACUGUAUACAGAACUUUAAAGGAGAUAAAGCAUUUCAUCUAAUUUAGGCUGGAAGCAUACGUCAUCGUUUGAGUGGGAUAAUCACUUACGAAAAAAGAGAAAGGCCCUGUGUACACAUUCCGCAACAAUUGUUUGAAGCUUAUCCAAAGGCCCCUGUCAGCCAUUCUGUGUAUUUAUGUUGAUUGGUUAGAAAAAAGAAAGCCAGUUUUUAGAUGCCACCUAGAAUGUUACUCUCAACUUUACAUUAAGCUUUGGUGGCUGUAAUUUCCUGUGUCCGUAAGGAAUGAACUUACGUUUCUCAACCCUAGGGUUGCACUUUCAUCAUCAUUUCUAAUAAUUCAAGUAUUCACAAACAGAGGGGUUCUCAUUUUUCCCCAUUUUUCUUCAGUGAUAGAAAUCCUCCCUCUCUUUAAGCCCCAAAAUGAACCAGAGAUGGUCACAUCCUAGAACAGAAAUAAAGGCAACUUACUAAUGGGACAUAAAUCAAAAGUUUGUUGGUAAAUUUGAGAUUCAGAAUCCCACCCCUUCCUUUUUUUUUUUUUUUAUAUAAUUUUUAUUGUGCUUUAAGUGAACCCUUCCUUUUUUUGAAAUAAAAACAUCGUUACCAGGUUCCCAAGCCAAUCUGACUUAACAAGCACUGCACCUGAGUGGUAGUGUUAAUAUUAUUUGUUCACAUUCAAGUUUAGGGAGUCCGGCAGGAGGGGAACUGGAGGAAGGGAAGAGGAUGGCGGUCUUCUGACUUGGCUUAAGGGUCCCCUGGUAAGAACUGGAAGAGAUCAGUUUGUCCUUGGCUCUUUUCACUUUUCAUUUCUCUCCCCAGUGCUCAGGGUCAGCGCUAAGCCAGGGUUCCCUGUCCCACAAUACCGACUUCUCUUCCCCUCCUAAUCCGAAGUCCUGUCCUCUCUAACUGAUCUCUGCUCCUCAUACCUGGUCACUGUCUACCUGGGGUAGAGAGUGUUAAGUUGUACAGUUAAUCCUCUGGUGCUUUCAUUUUCAGGACAGUGACCUGCAGACAUUUGUUUAAAUAUUGAGACUUCCUUUGCCACAGUUUUUGUAUUGACCAGCCACAUGUAUCCUUAAUUCUUCUUCAGAUUGUGAAUAAAGUGAUGUCAUAGGGCUGCCAGCUAACAAAGUAUUUCAUCUUAAACUUGUAGAGCCCUGGCUCACAUGGCUGUUACUCAAGAAAUGCAAGCCUGUAUUCACCAUGACUUUGAUAAUAACAACGUUUUUCUAGUAGUGCAGAGGCAAGAGGAAAAAUCUCAGUGGUGAUUUUAACUUUUGCAAAUAUUGUUGAGGUUUCCUGAUAAUUCCGUUGGCCUUCUCUCUGAGCAGUGAGGUUCUGCUAGAAGUGGAGCUUCUCAAACAUAGCAUCAGUACCUCGUAAGCGUAAACAAAUCAGGCCCAGAGAGUGUAACCCCAGGAAUUUGCUUCUCAGCAGCCCCAGACAUGGUGCUGCUGCUCCCCCCGCCUUAUCAAAGGUGCUGUCUCUUGUCAGCAUGAGUUCCAGGCCUGAAAAAUGCUGGCCCGUACACCAAACACUGAGCACCUUCAACGGGGUCAUGAUUUCUUCCUGACGUUUAGUUCAGUGAGUGGAUUUGAUUUUUACUAGUGCAAAUUUUGGCAAGGUGGGAAAACAGUAGUCAUUUUCAGUCUUCCUGUGUUUUGCAUUAGUUUUUGAUAUUUCAGACUGUAAAGGCUUUGACAGUCACAGGAAUGAUAUUACCUGUGGUAGCAGUAAUUUUAUGGAAGCAACUGUGUUGAAAUUCACUUGGGUUUUCUUUCAUUAUCAAAUUCUAUUUGAAACAAGUACUCUGUAAAUCCGAAUGGAUUACCAGUGUCUUAUAUAGAGACUUGCUAUAGAAUAACAUUCUGUGUUUGAUUGAUAUCAAAAAUAGUUUGCCUAAGUUAAUCUUGGUUACCUUCUAAAAUAUUUUUAAGUAUUCUUUACAUAAAAAUUUAUGUUGUAUUUUUAAACCUUUAGGGGCUUUAUCUAUUUUUCUAAGUCAGUUAACUGUACUUUUAAAGAAAUAUUUUGUAUCUACUUUUGUAACUUCAUCAGAAUAAAGUAUAUUAAAAAAACUGA